AGCGGCCAGACAGCAACGGCGAGCGAUGAUCAACCCGCUCGUGGCCCUCGUCCUCGUGAGCUUUGGCUACCUCGGCGGGCGCAUUGACCUCGGCCUGCACAUCCGCAUGUUCGCGCUCGAGGUGUACAGCCUGCCCAUGCCCCACAAGGGCUACGUGGUUGCGGGCCUGCUUGUGCUCGCGGGGCUGUACCUGCUCCUCUUGCUCCCGCUGCUCGCGAUUGCAACCCACGAGCGAGGCGAGAGCCAGAAGAACGACGCGAGCAACCCGACGCCGAUCGUGCCCACGUCGUUCCGCAGCGAGCUGCGCCGGCGUGGCAGCUACAGCAUGAACUACAUUAACGACAUCAAGUCGCACGUCAUGGCCCGCACGUAGCAUCGUAUCAACACACUGGAUUUCUUUGUUUGGC